AUGGUACUAGCAGACACACAUCUCGUUGGAUACGUCCUAGGUCACCCCAUUGACCGCAUUAGAAGAGAUUGGCAAAUGAAGCGUGCUUUCCAAGCUUCCUUAUAUUUACAUAAUCCCAAUGCCGUUAUAAUAUUAGGAGAUAUUUUGGAUGAAGGGAAAUGGGCUACACAUGAUGAUUUCAACUAUCUGGUGGAAAGAUUUCGUGAUAUUUUUCAUCAUGAUAAAACGAAAACAUUAGUUAAAACUGUUGUUGGGAAUCAUGAUAUUGGAUUUCAUUAUGCCACAAAUGAGUUUUUGAAUCAUCGAUUCCACCGGGAUGUUGGAGACAAUGUUUAUACACCGCCUAUUUAUCUAUGGUCUUUUUUUGGCAUCCAUUUCGUUAUUGCAAACAGUAUCGCUUUUGAAGGUGAUAAUUGUGAUUUAUGUUUCAAAGCCAAUUUCAUAUUGAGAUUGAUCGCGAGAUAUCUUGAUUGUUUGAAGUUAUCUACUCCAUCUAAUGCCAAAAGUUGUUAUUCCAAGGAACUUGGCAUGGGUCUUUCUGACGAAUUUCCAUACAUUGAUGUUGACGUUAAUGACCCAUCUUCUUUCGUCUAUUCACGUCCAGUUAUUUUACAACAUUUCCCCUUAUAUCGCACUUCUGAUCGUGGAUGCUCUACGAAACCAAUUGAUGCUAUGCCUAAACACUUGAGAGAAACUGUAAACAGACCAAAACUCGAUUGUCUUUCAAAAGAGGCAACAAAACAAUUACUGGAAUCUCUUCGUCCACGAUUAAUACUAUCUGGUCAUACACAUUACUCAUGUAAAAUGUCACAUCAAUUUGGUAACCAAUCGGAUACUGCUGUGGAAUGGUCAGUUGCUAGCUUCUCUUGGAGAAAUCUUGCAAAUCCCGGAUUUCUAAUGCUUUCAAUAUCGUCCACAAAUUAUUCAAUAAAUAAAUGUUAUCUCCCAACUGAAUUGCGUUUAUUACAAAUUUAUAUCUCCGGUGUUCUACUCGUACUUUUUGUUGUCACGUAUCAAAAGUUAAUAUCAUAUUUCGUUUAA